CUCAUCCUUUGUCGACGUCCUGGAUAAAACGUUAACGUUCCCUCCACCUUGUCCACAACCUCUCUCUCUCUCUCUCUCGGUAGCUCGCUCGCAGAGGCAGAGCAACGACGAUGGCGGUUUGCUUCUCUCCCGGUAUACACCUUCAAAUCGGAGGGUGUCGUCGUCCUCUGGUGACCCAACCAUUGAAGCUCCACUCCACAAGAAGCUUCAAGUGGCACAAUGGAAGAAAAUCAGGUUUUCAACUUCAGUCAAUGAGAUGUAGUGCAUGUUGGGAGAUUGCAGUGCCUUCUAGCGCUGAAUUGGUAUCAUCAAGUUCGGCCACAUUCGGGGACCUGUUUGAUUCUCAUGAUAUCAUGAGAAAUUUCAAGGUUGAUGUUCCGAAAGUUUCUCAGUUUUCCACAGAUACCAUACAUGGAUUAGUUAUCGCAGAUCUGGACCCUGCAACAGCGAAGCUAGCAAUUGGGAUCCUGGGCCCAUUUCUCCCGGCUUUUGCUUUCCUUUUCAUCUUGAGGAUAGUAAUGUCAUGGUACCCGAAACUUCCUGUCGGGAAGUUCCCUUAUGUAAUUGCUUAUGCUCCCACGGAACCACUUCUCAUACCGACAAGGAAGCUGAUCCCUCCCCUCGGCGGAGUUGAUGUGACUCCAGUUGUUUGGUUCGGACUGGUCAGCUUUCUGAACGAAAUACUAGUGGGUCCACAAGGACUUCUUGUCCUUCUGUCUCAGCAAGUUGGCUGAUAAAUUUUUGCAGUAUGAAUGUAUAUGAUAAUAGAUGAAUUCUUUGUUCA